AUGCGAUUCGGACAAAAUUUCCACCAGUACCUGGUGCCAGAAUGGGCACCGUUCUAUGUUCCCUACUCCUUGCUGAAGAAGUUAUUCAAGAUGGCUGCCGGAAAAUCGACCGGUGAAAGUGUAGAGCCUGACUUUUCAGACGUGUAUACACUGCUGAGCAAAAGCAUCGACUCCUUUACCAGCUUUCAACAUGAAAACUGCAAUUUCCUUAUCGAGAGACAAACAAACCUUUGCACGAAGUAUGCGUUUUUGCCGGGAAAUCACAUCUUUCUGGGAAAGGAGAACGAGAGCUGCCACGAAUUAGAGAGCCUGCUUCAAGCCGUUGCGGAAAUUCGCUAUGAUCUCGAGAAGCUGCAAGAUUAUUUUCGAGUGAAUGAAGAAGCUAUUCACAGAAUAUACGCCAAAAUCGAGAAAUCUACCGGUUUCGUUGGACAGUUUCACCAAACACACAAAGCCGGCUGGGUCAAAUCGAAGAUUGGUCAUCAUACAUGCUUGAACUUCAUGCGAAGAUUGGACGGCCUGACGACAAGCAUCCUUGGGGCCUCCUCUAAUGGAGAGACCCCCUCAAAGAUUAGGCAGUCUUGCCACGAAAGCACCUGUGAUCAAUCACUGUCUUUCCCUACCGAGCGUCGUGCUCUAUAUUGCGUUGUUAAGAAAGACGAACCUUCAACUUUAGCCAAUCUGCUCAAGACGUUGAGAUGUAAUGAUGCGCCAGAAUUGCAUUUCAAACUCCUUCUUUAUGCUCUAGCAGAGCUUGCUGUUACCUGUCAUUCUCAACUCUCCGUUCGAUAUCUGCUCUCAGAAGCUUUCCCCGCAAAUCAAGUUGUGCUGGAUCAUGAUCUUCUGAACCAUAUCAUCACCAUGUGCGGUCGAAAGGAUAGUUCAAAAGAGAGCGAUGGGUUAUGCAAUGAGGCUCAGUGCGCCUCUGGUAGACAGGGCGAGGAGAGAGGAGUUGCCUUGUUCAAUUUCGCUGUUUCCCAGCUGGGCCUUGAUCAAAAGAAUGCCUUACUCGCAGAAGACACCUUUGGCCGUCUUUGCCUUCAUUAUGGCGCAAUGCACGGCUUGCCGUCCAUAUGUCAAUCUAUCGUCAAUUAUGCUAAAACCUGGGGUCAAGGUUACCCUUCAAGAUUGAUAUUAUCCUUGGAUUGUCGAGGAUGUACACCAUUCCACUACGCAGUGGCUAAUAAUCAUGUGGCUGUUGCAGAGUUAUUCCUGGAAACCUUGAAUUCGGACAACCAGUCAAGUCGUGAAGCACAGGGUCAAGAUUUGUCAAACCGGCUUAACGACCUUCUAAUCAUCGCUAUCAGAUACCAACAUGAUGACAUGGUUUUCCUUCUUGGAAAAGUUCAGUCUGAAUUUCAAGGCUGCUCUAUUCACGGAGAAUCUGCUCUUUAUAUUGCCGCUCAAAUUGGACGUGAAGACUAUGUGAAGGGCCUGCUAGAAACUGGGAAUGAUAUCUAUUUAGACAUCCCCGAAACAAUUCAUGGCUGGACUCCGUUGUUCAUUGCUUGUGUGGAAGGCCAUGAAUCCAUUGUCAAUCUUCUCUUGCAAGCAGGAGCGAACCAGGGUAUACUUGAUCAUCUUGGCUGGAUCGCCAAAGAGCAUGCAGCUUUGAGAGGCUAUCUAUCUCUGGCCGAGAUGCUGCAGCCAUGGGACAUGAGUCAGCUCACUGGUGGCCCUUCCAGUAUACUGAUGAGGCCUGUACAAGCAGCUGACUCCCGCCCUCGGUUUGAAGCCGAUCGGGUCAUUAUCAAUCUUGGUAGUUUACGAAUUGGAAAAAAGGUGAAAGGUGUGGACUUGAAAGGCCUUUCACCAAAGAAGAAAAGGUACACGAGCAAGCUAGCCUCAUUGGAUAUGUCGAUAUCAGUGGAAGGCAGUGACGACACGCUGUUAAAGCUACCCAUGCUGAGUGAUGUGGUUAAUGAACCAUUUGUUUUCCCGGUUACAAGAUCUAGUGAAGCCCGCCUGGUUUUCAAGUUUUUCCAUGUCGACGACCCCUGUGACGGACUUCAACUUGUGGGAAGUGCUGUGGCUCCACUGGAAAGUGGCGGCGACUGCUUUGGGGCAAACCGCGAAAGCCUUGUCAGAGAGCGUACUAUUCCAAUUCUGGAAAAGGAGACAAUGGACGUGAUAGGUAUGGUGACUUUCACCUUCGUCAUCGCUAAACCAGUGAUGAAUUUGGAUUUGCCUCCAUUGGUUCAUCGUUAUACCAUGAAGAAUGCUUUACAACUUGUUGGUCAUAGAGGACUCGGCCAAAAUACUAUCAACCGCAGCCACAUUCAGUUGGGAGAGAACACAGUCGAGUCACCGAUAGGCGAGCCGAUACAGGAGCUUGAAAAUUUGAACGCGCAAUACAUGUCGGAUGAAACUGGUAGGGGGAGAGUUCGCUCACGGUCGCUGACAAGAACCCAUGCACAACAGACUGGCCAGCUUCAUGACAGAAUGAAAUACACCGUUGACUUUAUGAAGAAAGGGAUGAAGCCAAAUACAAGGGGGCAUUGUGUUCAAGGUCCAUUCACCACCCUGGAACAGUUGCUUGUGGAGUUGCCCGAAUCAAUAAGUUUCAACAUUGAGAUAAAGUAUCCGAGGCUUCAUGAAGCUGUCGAAGCCGGUGUAGCACCGAUUUCCAUUGAGAUCAACACCUUCAUCGACGAAAUACUCGCCCACAUCUCUCGUGCCCAGAGCGGAAGAAGAAUCAUGCUAUCCUCAUUUUCGCCUGAAGUCUGCAUUCUUUUGGCUAUCAAACAGAACACAUAUCCUGUCUUGUUUAUUACCAACGCUGGGAAAUUACCAAUGUCAGACAUGGAAAUCAGGGCCAGCAGUCUACAGGCUGCAGUUCGCUUUGCAAAAAGGUGGGAUCUGGCCGGUAUUGUCUUCUCCUCUGAGACUUUGAUCUUAUGCCCAAGACUCGUGGGGUAUGUCAAAAGAACAGGAUUGAUUUGUGGUUCUUAUGGUCCUUUGAACAACGUCUCUGAGAAUUCCAAAGUAAGUAUCAAACAAACCUUGCAACCAUCUUUUGAGCAUUAUCCAAUGCAAAUGCGAGAACGGCAGUUUGCUGAUCAAUACUAG